AUGGCCUCCCUCACCGAAUCAUCUGCUCAUCUGAAUAAUUCCCAUCACAGUAGCUCCCACCCAAAGGGCCAGUCCAACCCUUCGUCCAAUCUACCAUUUUUCGACCACAUUUCCAAUCCAGACCACAACAAGUUUACCUGUUCGUCAGCCUUCAUCAUCACCUCCUAUUACUCCUUCCUGCUGCUUGCUGCACCUCCUCUUCAUCCAACCAACACCAAGUCUGCCCUAUUUAAACCCCCAUUGCAUGAAGCAUGGCUGCUUCAGUUCAUGCUGCACCCCACCACCUCCCCAGAACCCCCUCAGGUCAUCAUCUCAUCCCUUCACUCGCCUCAGCCUCACCUCAGAGUCCAGGCCCCAGUCACAUGUGAGCUAGGCUUUGAAAAGAAGAGACAGCAUCAAUAUUUGUCAUUUCACCAGAAUAUGAGGAACAUGGCAUCUCUGCAUUCUCUUACCGUCCAAUGUUUGUUGUUGGUUUCUACGGCUCAGAUGAAUGGUCUUCAAGAGAAGGAUAUUUUCCUCCCAGCAGCAUUUGGAGAUAACAUUAAAUUGUCUUGUAUUUCUUCUGACAAUGUCAAGAUCGGAGCAAGAUUUUCCUGGUACAGACAAAAAUUGGGCAUGAAACCAGUACUCAUCUCUUCCUACUUUAAAUAUGACCAGAAGGAUGAAUUUUAUGGAGAAUUUAGCAGGGACAAACGUUUCAGACUGGAUUAUGAAAAUGACAAACAUGACUUGCACAUCAACAAUGUAAGCAUGUCAGAUUCUGCUGUUUAUCACUGUGUGAAAUGCUAUUUACACCAAAUUGACUUCCUAGAAAGUGUCACUGUGAUUGUAAAGACUUUGGAACCUACAAUUGAGGUCCGUCAGUCUGCACAUGAGGAAAUAGAACCAGGACAUUCUGUGAUUCUAAACUGUAGUGUCCAGACUGAGAGCUGUGAAGGACCACACAGAGUUCACUGGUUCAAACAGUUUGUAGAGUCUGCAGCAGGAGUCCUUUACAGCCACGGAGGAGGUAACAUGCAUGAUGGGUGUAAGAACAAAGGGAAAAGUCCAACCAACUCCUGUGUCUACAACCUCCCCAUACACAAUGUGAGCUCAGAGCAGACUGGGACCUACUACUGUGCUGUGGCCGCCUGUGGACAAGUCCUGUUUGGGAAUGGGACCCAAAUCACAAUAAAAGAUUGGAUUGUCUACAUCCUACGUGGGACUUUAGCACUGUCCUCUGUCCUGGUCCUGCUUCUUCACUGUUUGUCCUUAAAAAGAAACCCAGGAUUCUUAGUACAGGUUCAGAACCCAGAAGUAGGCAACCUCCACUAUGCUGCCCUGAGCGUCAAAACCUCCAUCCAGAAGACAGAGGAAGACUGCAAAUACAGACAGCAUGUCACUGUACAGCAGCACCAGUAA